CGACGUACAAGUACUGAGAGCAUCCAGCGACAAUGCUAGCCUGACUCGCUCCUGUAAGUACGAUAAACCAGUUGACCACUUCAAAAAGUUGCUCAAUUAGCUGUGAGAGCCGGUCUCCGCCAACAAAGUACGAUUCUCCCUAACGAAGCUCCCCUCCGGAUUUGGCACCUCCUUGGCAUCACCCCACCAUGGCCCCUCACAUCACCAUCCGCAACUUGACCUCCGACUCCAUAACCGUCGUCCUCCUCGAACGUUUCUCUCCCCCAGGCCAUGACGACCCCGGCCACGUCAAGAAGUUGAGCAGCCUCACCCGCAAUGUCACCGAGUUCGUCUCCAACGCCACCGGCCUUUCCUCCCUUGGUCCUCCAUCCCGAAAACUCCCCGACAACGCCCAACCCUAUGCCCGUCAAGAUGUCGACCUCCCCUUGGACUCCUUUGCGGCACGAAGCACGGAUCUAGCGCCAACAGACCGGUCGGCAGACGACAUCGCCCGCCUCACGGUUUCCGUCGACAACCAGCGCUACCGCAUCGACGUGCCUGGGCCGCAACCCAAAUAUGGCAGCCAGACCUUCACCCCCUUGGACCAAAGCCCCCGACGGGAGCUGACGGGCAUCUGGCUCUCGGGCUCCUCCACCCUGGCGGUAUACUCCUCCGCCCAUCUCGACAGCUGGAUGCGUGAACUGCCCGACCACCUCCCCUUAUCCGCGCUCUCCAUUCCCGGCACACACAAUAGUCCGACCUGUCAUUCCGCGCUUCCCUCGGUCCGCUGCCAGGCCGUCUCCCCACGCGAGCAGCUUCUCAACGGUGUGCGAUUCUUCGACGUCCGCGUGCAGCCCGAGGAGCCGGAGAACCCGAACCACGACGGCCUGGUCCUCGUGCACGGCGUGUUCCCCAUCAGCUUGACGGGGAAAAAGCACUUCCGGGACCUCAUGAACGAGAGCUUGGAGUUCCUGGACCAGCACCCCAGCGAGACGCUCAUCAUGUCGAUCAAGCGCGAGGGACCCGGCACGCACAACGAUGCGCAGCUGGCGGAGAAGUUGGCGAGGCAUUAUGCCGGGGACGAGGGGAAGUGGUUCACGCAACCGAGGGUCCCAACGCUGGGGGAGGCCCGGGGUAAGAUCGUCCUGUUCCGCCGGUUUGGACUGUCCGAUGAAUUGAGACAACGGAACGAUGGACGCGGGUGGGGAGGCCUGAAUGCGGAGAACUGGGCAUACAAUACCCAGGACUGUGAGACCGGCGAUGUGCGCGUGCAGGAUUUCUGCGAGGUGCUAGAUACCGUGAAUAUUGAUGAUAAGAUCAAAUAUGUGACCGAGCAUCUGGCACGGGCAGGCGGCGUGACAUGGCCAACGGAAGGCGAUACCGGGAAAGUGUUUGUGAACUUUUUGACCGCUAGCAAUUUCUGGAGUCCCGGUUGCUGGCCGGAUAAGAUUGCUGCGAAGCUUAAUCCGGCCGCAAUAGAUUUUUUGGCAGGCAAGCAGCAGCAUGGGGAUCAGGGUGAUUGGGGUACUGGGAUCGUGGUCAUGGAUUGGGUUGGAGAUGAAGGCGACUGGGACUUGGUCAGGGCAGUAGUGGGUAUGAAUGCGAGGAUUAUGAAGAGGACAAGACGAUGAUCUAAGAAUGAGUUUGCUGGUAGGAAAGCGUCAAUUCCAUCUUGGAUGUUGAUCGUAACGACAUAGCCAAGAUGCACAAAAGCCUCGGAAAUGAUACCGUAUUUCUUGCCACGACGUUCCCACUCUGCCCGAUUAUAACUUCCUCGACUU